AUGGCCACCGCGAAACGCAAACUCAAGUACCAGUACUUUGUCACGGUGCACGGCCUCACCUUUUUGCCCGGCGGGACGUGUCCGAGUUCCAACCUCUCGGUGCUGUGGACGCGAGGCUCAAAGACGGCAAUCACUCAGGAGGCGGCGGCCGACGCGCAGAGCCGCAGCGCAAUCUUUGGCCAGACGCUCACCCUCAUCUGCACUCUCUUCCGCUCCCCCUCGGCCGCCUCCUCCUCGUCCGGCUUCAGCGAGAAGCUCUGCGGAUUCGCGCUCAUCCGACACGGCUCGCGCGGCGCGCAGACGCUCGCCAAGUGCAAGGUCGACAUGGCGCCAUUCGCAUCGGCGCCGCCGUCGGCGCCGCUGCGGCGGACGCUCACCCUCUCAAAGGGCUCGGCCGCCAUCGCAAAGCUCGACGUCUCCAUCUCAUCGCGGCUGCAAAAGGAGCUGCCGCGCGACGGCAACGAUCCGAGCGACCGCUCCGACGCGAGCUCCCUCUCCUCGUGCGGCUCCUCUCUCCUCGACGACGUCGCGUACGCUGACGACCUCGACGGAGAGCUCUCGGAGCGGUCGGGAGAGAGGGCGGGAGAGAGGCGCUCCUCGCGCGACGGCGUCUCGCUCGGCGCGUCGCGAGGAGCCGCCGCGGCGGACGGCGGCGUGAGCGCCUCGCUCGCCUCUCUCACCGCCGGCGACCUCGAGCGGGCGGCAGCCUGCCGCAUCUCGCCGCAGCGCUCCGCUCUACGCGCGGAGGCGGCGGAGCCGUCGCGCGCGACCGUCUACUCGCUCGACGCGCAGGUGUCGCAGCUGCAGGCGCAGCUCGAGGCGGCGCAGACGCUCGCGCGAAAGACGCACGCGCGCUUCGAGGGCGAGCGGCGCGAGUGGGGGGGCGAGCGGGCGCAGCUGCGCGAGGAGGCGGCGGGGCUGCGGCAGCAGCUCAUCGCCGCCGACGCCGCCUCGCGCCAGCACGCGCACGAGUCGCGGCAGGCGGCGGCCCAGCUGGGCGAGGCGCGCGCCGAGGUUGCGCGGCUGCGCCGGGAGAAGAAGGAGCUGGGCUCGCAGCUCGGCCCGGGCGGCGCCGACGCGGACGACCGGCUCGCGAUGCAGCAGGACCUGCAGGGCAAGCUCGACCGCUCGGAGCAGCACCGCGAGGAGAACGCGCGCAAGCUGGCCAAGGCGCGGAAGCACCAGCAGUCCUUGCUGCAGCAGUCCGAGGCGGAGAUCGAGCUGCUCUCGCAGCGGUGACUCGACAUGACGCCGCCCCGCGCGCGCGCGCGCGCCCGCCGCGCCCCGUGGCGCCUCA